UCCCAUGAAUAGAUGGCGCUGGCGUCUCGAGAAGAGGAAGUUGACAUUUUCGUGCGCUAGAGGCCUGUAUCAUGUACCGAUACGGCACGCAAAUAAGUGUAUGUAACUUCUCAGUGGAUUCUUGAUCAUAAACAUGGGUAAAGAUCAAGAACUUUUAGAGGCCGCAAGGACGGGCAACCUCCAAGCCGUCAGAACCAUUCUGUCAGGAAAGUCUCCUCGAGCCUCGACCAGCAGUGGAGGACUCACAGGCAGUUUGAGGAGCUUGUUGGCUUUAAAACAUGUAAAUGUCAACUGUACAGACAACAAUGGAGAGACACCAUUACACUUAGCAGCCUUGAAUGGUCAUAUGGAUGUGGUUGUGGCACUGCUGACAGCGAAAGCCUCCGUUGUAGAGGUAGAUAGCAAAGGAUGUACACCUCUUCAUCUAGCUGCCUGGAAUGGACAUGCCCCUAUUUGUGAACUUUUAUUGGACAGUUCACCUGACAAGUCCAUUGUCAAUGUACAGACAACUGAGGGGGAAACGCCACUUCAUUUUGCUGCUCAACAUGGUCACCUGGAUGUAGUUACUCUUCUGUUAAAGAAUAAAGCAGACCCCACCUACCGUACACUUUCUGAGCGGUCGGCUCUGGAUCUAGCAGCACAGUAUGGCAAAACUGAUGUGGUUCGCACACUUGUGACAGGGCGCCCAGAGUUGCUUGCUCAUUCAGCUGGUCAGCCAUCACCCCUGCACCAAGCAGCUUUUAAUGGUCAUGUUUCAAUAGUUCGUUUUUUGCUGGACUCAGGAUUUCCAGUAAAUACUAGGACGGAUAAUGGCACUGCAUUGCAUGAAGCAGCCACAUCCUGUAAACUGGAUGUGAUCAAACUGCUUUUGGAUAGAGGAGUGGAUGUGUGGGCUCAGGCAAAGAAUGGAAUGACAGCAGAAGACAUUUUGAGGUCCAUCAACUCUAGACUGACAAAGGAUGCUCUGCAAAUUAUCAGUGGUCAUGUGAACAGUCAGCGGACACCAGACUCUGACGGUGAGAAAGAUGAGAAUGGAAUUCCAGGUCCAGGCAAUUCUGUGCAGGAGGAUGUCACGUCGUCUGGCACUUUCCAUCCUGUACCUAAAACUCGUACUGUUUAUCCAGGUGUCAGUCCAGACACGACCCAUCUUGCAGAUAUGCUCAGUGCCAGUACCCAUACUCAAGGAGAGCAGUUAUCACCACCACCACUUCCACCAAGAAUAUCUCUUCGGCCAGUGGAUUUCUCAAAGCGAGAAUCUAUGCCCCUUGAAAUAGGUUCAGGCCAUCUGAUAGUAGAGGCAUCUGCAAGGAGCCAAUCAAGAUCGAGAGAAGCCAGCCCUAUGUCGGGAAAUAGGGAGCAACCAAAGAAACCACCCAGAAAAACACCCAGUGUGCGUAGAACAGAAGCUACCCAGAAUAGUGAUGGUGCUUCUACCAGCUGCGCCCAAGGCCAGUCAAAUAGCAUGGAACAAGUGGAAGAAACUUUGCCAGACCCCAUGCCAUGUGUGACUGAACAGACUCGAACUGAGUAUGUGAAUGUUGAAUUCGACAGAACUUCAUCUACUUUUACAAUAGGAAUGUCAAAAGAAGAUGACACCAAUACAAGCGUAUCUGUGAUAAAGGCAAACUGUAGUGAGCAUGAGAGCCCAUCGCUGAAUAGUGCAAGUGCUGAAGAAUUGGGUGCAGAAAAGUGUAUCGAAAGAACUGAUUGCCAUGGGGAUGGAAUAGCUGCAGAAGAAGAUAUUGAAGGCAAGCAUGGGAAACCAAAAUCUCUGCAACUGGAUGGAAGCAAGAAAAGAGAUAGUUCUGGGUCUUGUAGUGCUGGCACUGACAAUGAUCUGCCUGAUCUACCUCUUUCUCCCACCAACUAUCCCCAACCCCCAACACCAGACUGUCCCCCACCUUCACCAAGCACAGCAAUGCAUGGUAUCCACCUCAAGAUAAAUCCACAGGACAAGCGGAAGUCUAAGAAUAUGGAGACAAUCACGGAUGCCAAUCUGUUGACAACUUCCUCCACAUCAGAAUCUGGGGGAGAGAAGAUCGCACAGGCAUCCCAGCCUUCAGAGCCUGAGACCAGUUCAAAGCAGGGAGACUCACAGGUUAAAGCUGACCAGGUGUCCAGCCACACAGACUGUGAAUUAUUACAAGAGUCUAUAAAAGAAGAUAAAAGUAAGGGUGUGAAGAUGGAGAAGAAAACGCAGAAAAGUUCGGAGGGCAGUGCGGAGGAUGUGACCCUGGAGAUGGAGGUAGAGCGUGUACAGAUGCGGCGAUCAAUGAGUGCAGGCAACGAGCCCCUAGACUGGCAGAGCAACGUUUUUGCGGGUCUGCUGAAGGGCUCGACUCCAGGCGGCUCCCGCAAGGUGGUGUCGCAGAUCUGUGAAAAUGUAGUCGUCAAAACGGUACGCAGCAAACGCCGCUCCACGCCCUCCGGCCUGGUGACCUUUGACCCUCUGAUGGAGAAGGAGGAGGACAAGGACAUGGUGGACACCCAGAGGAUUUUUCACGAGAUCGACAACAUGGCGGGCCCCGACGUCAAGGAGGGUUCGGCUCAGCGGGAAACCCACAAGUCCGAGGAGUUCGACGACACGGAGGAGUGGGCAAAUAUAGCAGACAUUGUUUCGAGCUUUGGCGGGCGUAUAAGUGCUUCAGAGGACAUACCCGUCCUUGAUUCACAGCUGGAUAAGAUUCUAACAGAAAGAGUAGCAGGCCCACACAAGAUCCAGAGUGUGGGAGAAUGGCUUGAGAGCUUGGGGCUUGAGCAGUAUGAGAAUACACUAGUGGCCAAUGGAUAUGAUGAUACAGAUUUCUUGGGAGGCACAAUAGUAGAUGAUCAGGACCUGGCAAGUAUAGGUAUCACUAAUGGUGCUCAUCGGGCCGUGAUAGUGUCAGCUGCACGUCGCCUUCCAACUGUGAAGCCUAUCAAUCAGUCGGCCUUGCCUGUGUCUGUGGAGAGCUGGCUGGAGACUCUUCGGUUGGGACAGUACCUGGACACAUUUCUUUCACACAAAUAUAACACUAUGCAGAGAGUUGUUAAACUCUGGGAGCUGGAGCUAAAUACAGUUCUAGACAUUACUUCCAUAGGCCACAGAAAGAGAAUACUGGCCUCAUUAGGUGAGCGGGCAUUUGAGGAGAGAGACACAUCAGUCAGUCCUGCAAGAGUACGAAGAAAAAGCAGUGAUGAAGAGGAGCCCAAGUCACCAUUUGAACACAUUGACCUCUACCGUGAUUACACUGGAGUUAAACCAAGAACAUCAGAUGAAGGAGAACAGAAAUCACCUCUACAGAGUCCUUUAAUGACCUUUGAAAAGGGUAGUGAAAAUGGACUCUCAUCACCUCAGGGAAUUCGUGACAGUCAGAUCCAUAUACGACCACCGCACCUAAUGCACAUUACAGGAUCCAUUCGACAGUGGCGACAUCGUCCUGAAGUGCUUAUAAAAGGAUGUUGCAACUACACUGCUCAUUAUCUUGGAUCAACAGUCAUCAAAGAGUUGAAAGGAACAAAAACGACACAGGAGAGCAUUGCAAAGCUCAAGCAAAGAUUGAGGAGGAAAUUACAGAAAUCGGCAGAUGUCAUUGGCAAGAUUCCUACAAUCAUGCUGUCUAUUUCCUACAAAGGCGUCAAGUUCAUUGAUGCCAGAUCCAAGAAAGUGAUUUGCGAUCAUGAGAUCGCCAAUAUCUUCUGUGCUUGCCAAGAUGGCGAUCAUAUGAACUUUUUUGCCUACGUGACGAAGGACAAGGAGAGCAGCAAACAUUACUGCCAUGUCUUCAGUGUUAGAAGCAGGGAACUGGCUGGGGAAAUCAUCCUUACUCUAGGUGAAGCAUUUGAGAUCGCCUAUCAGAUGGCACUGAAGGAGAGAGCGGAGGAGGACGCCUUCCAGUUCGAGCAGCAGCUGAGCCAAAGCGAUCCCGACGACAGCGCCUCUGUGUCUUCCAAAGCCUCCGUCAACACAGUAUAGCAGCAGGUAUAUGUGUCCAGGGGAGGGGGAAAAUGUCAACAGCCCCCGACUGCAGGAAACGGCGCAAGGUUACCGGAUCUGGCGUCACAGAUGGCGCAAGCAGUUCGGGGUAGCAAACACUUGAACGACGCGUACGUUGACCCCCACCCUACACAGACAUUCAGCAUUUGUCAGGUUAAUCCAAGUCAACAUCGGACGAGCUGCUUUGUGUGAUACAAUGGCUUGCAGGCACGAGCUGCAUACCCGGCUGCCAGCGAGAAACUGUGACUGUGAACACGGGACAUGCAGUCUCUUCUUGUUGUGUAUGUUUGUUUUUUAAAGACCAUCCCUUAUGUAUAUAGUUUUCAGUUUCCAGAACAGACACAUCUUUCUCUACGACGAACUUGAUCAAUCUAGUUUGUGUGUACAACAUAAGUUCAUCGAGAGAGAGAAAGAAAUGGCAGGUGUGCCGUGCUAUAUGGACUGACACGCGCUCACGGCCAGGGGUAACAUUUGUCGUAGUGAUCUGAAUAUUUGUUUGGAAAGUGGAUUGUGUGAAAUAUCCGGGCUGUGAGGAUGGUGCCGUGUCGACGCUAGCUGGCAGAACGAACUUGAAGUAUUCUGUCAUCUGGAACACAGCCUCAGGACACAGCAGCUCGCAGAAGGGCCUUGAAACAUUCUGACAGCCAAGACAGUCUCAGAACACACGUGGCGGAGAUGUCCAACAUCUUUGACCGCUACCGACUAUUUACUACAGAGAUGUUACUAAAAAUUUCUUCAGCAGAAAUAUUUCUCUGUAGUCUGUUUAAUUGUUCCAGAAUUUCGAAAGUACUUGUCUUUAGUUUGUAUUUUGCUUUGUACUCUUUAAGUGCAACAUCGCAGUAUCAAGGUUCUAUUCACCCCUCUCCCAUCUACCACCAACGUAAUCGGACCAGAAUGCCCUAGUCUUAAUGUGUGUUAAUUAACCGGAACCCACCGAAUGGUCAAGACAUGAAAGAGGAAGUGUGGUGUGUGGUUUAUGAACAGCGAAUAUUUCUCACCAAUACACAUUUCUUUAUCGUUCAGGUGGAAAAAUCAUUUUGUUUGAAGUCUGACAUUGCUGUGCAAAAUUUUAAGAUGAAAUCCUCUCGAUUUUUGACAAGUUUUUAUGUAAUUAUGCGAUGGAGAAAAAAACGUUGAUUGUAAAACAUACAUUAACAAAACUUAGUGUUCCUCUAUAAUUUAAUUCACUUGGCGUUGGGAGAGGGGGUCAGUGUAUCAUACUUCCCGGACACGCUGUAUACAACAGGAUGAUGUUAUAAAUUUGUGUACAUAAGCCGGAUGUUAAUGUACAUUUUCGUAGAAUAACCUGCAGCAUUAUCUUCAGAAGAAAGUUGAAGAGUACAUCGAGGACAGUGAAGCGCUUGUCUGCAUGCACCGCUUCGCACGCGCGCUAACAAGUGCUUUCGCCUGCGUGCUGUCUGCACACACAUUGUGGAUUGUUUGAUUGCUGUCAGCAAUGUAUAUGUCUGGGCGGUGAUAUGUGCGGUUAUGUUUUCAGUCUCUUGUCUCUGUCGGGGUCGUAGCCUUGAUGCCCGACUGCUUUCUAAACCAGUGGUUUUCGAAGAUUUCAACUGAAACCUUCUGGCUCUCUCACAGUCGCUGAGGACAUGACUUCGGCAAGUGCAGACAACAUCACACAAAACCGAUACACGACGUGUCCGCGCUCACUGGAGGAACAGAGGCAAGACAUAAUGUAGUAUAAUGUCCUUAAAAGGCGAAGUCACUGAAUCGGGUGAAUAAGCAUCAUUUAUCUUGCACACGAUGCUGUUGUAGACAGUGUGCUUUAGUGCAGGUGUUUGAUGUGUGGGAUAGGAGUGGAUAAAGCCAUUAGGUUUGGCCAUUCUCUGUAGACCUCAUUCCCAUGACGCUGAUUGUUUAAUUUACCAACAAAAAAAGAAUCUGCCUUCGUCUUUUCAUGUCUACCAGAUGUUUCAACUUAAGAUAAGAACACAAUUUUCUAGUUAUAUGUUGAGAAAAAAUGUUCUAAAUAUGAAAUGACUGCUAGAUAUCUUAGAUGCAGUAAACACUGGUCUAUCUCCUGUUCUCACACUGUUCUGGUCUCGUAUUCGAGACAUACAUCUAACAGUGUAGUCCUAUCCAAAAAUUUUAACAACCAUUAAUUUAUCUAGGUGUUGGGAGCUUUUCUGAUAAGCUGUGACCACGUGAAAUAUGGCAGAGAUCGUUAUCUAUGUAUUGAUACUUCAGCCGACGUGAUUGCAGAAUUUUUCAAGACCUAACAAAAUUGCAUAAAUAUAAUUGUACAGAAAGUGUUUGGUACAGCUCGAGGAACAGCAUUUUGUGAACUUGACUUUCUUCCUCAGCUUCUUUCUUGCAAGAGACUCGUGCACGUGCGUUCCUUCUGUCAUGUAGAGGAGGAAGAGAGGAGAGUCACGUGGUACACCGCUAACCCGUUAUCAUGACACAUCUAUCUAGCUAACCUAAUUACGGGUUAUUUUUAUGGUGAUCGUGAUCGUCGUCAUCAUCUUCAACAUGAUUAAACGGCAACACCGAUGGAUGAAGGUUUUUCCCGUUUGUUUGAUUGCAGGGUACAUCUGGCAUUGUCCAGUGCGCUGAUUGGGACACCCGUUUGUUGUUGCAUUUUAACGUGAACACAGUAUGGUGGACACUGCACCAUGUCUGUCCUGGUUCACUGAGCACCUAUUUCUUGCCACUGUAAGAAUUGCAUAUUUCUUGGCCGACUUUAUAAUAUAGUAAUAAUAAUAUCUCGAGACUGGCAAGGUUUAUGUUUAUGGUAUGUUGGAAGCAAAUAUCAGAGAGCGGGGUGCAUUGUGUGUAAGUAGCGGGAAGGCUGCAUGCAUGUGAAGGACUGUGGUACAGAUAGAUUGUGCUGUCUGUUGAGCUUAUUAUUUUGCUUUUUCAGUUUCUUGAAUGUUAGUCUUUCCGAUAUCCGAUGGAAGCGAAAGUGUGUCGAACGAUAACGGACAUGUCAGUCCUGAUGUUGAUUGAUGUGCUGGCAACAGGAGGGAAGUUGGUGAUGUGAGCGUUUGUCAGCAUCCUCAUGCUGAUUGGCUCUCAGCUCCGUUUCAGGAGGGUCCUUGGUGUAACUCUUCCAACAGCUGCCUUGGAUGCAUUACAGACUUUCCUAGGAUACGUAUGGAAAGUCCUACUUAAAAUGGCGAAAACCAUCUCAAGCUCAAGUUUGUAUUUUUAGACGGAUUUCUGACUUAAGUUAUCUCUUUGUGGCUUGUUUCAGUUGCAACGAAAAAGAAAAACCAAAUACAUGUAGUUUGAUUUUUGCGUGUGGGUCGCUUGCUUUUUCCCUUGCUGUAACUCCUAAAUUUCGUUAUCCACCUAGGAUUGAAACCAGAAACAACCGUCAUUUAAUACUAAAGAAGUUAAAAUAAAAUAAGUAGUAUAGUUGAUGUUAUGUUUAUAACGAUUGUUAUUUUUAUACCUUACGUAUCUUGCGUUCAUUGAGCGUCAGGUUAACACUUCUUUAACGAGUGGAAUAAAGGAUGAUCACGAAAAGAUUUGUUUCCAAUUUUUAAAAAUAUUAUUUUGUAGUCGUGGUGUACUGGUUCGCCGGGAGGUAAGGGAGUUCGAGGUGUGAAGAAGAGGAAACUACAGUAGCUAAUAAUCCCCAAUACUGAUACAGGCACUAAAAGAUUUGUAUGUGGUUUUGCCACUGGACUGUUUUCUUUGGAAAGGGAAGCAGUUGACUAAGCUUGGAAACAUAGGUUGUUCAACAUGGACAUGAAGUCCUACCUACGCCAUUGUAGGAAAGCUUGGUGACACUAGUGCGAUUUUGAGAAACAUCGACACUCCCCCAGCCCUCUGUUGCAUUACAAGCUUCCUGUGGUGUGUGUCCACUUCUUUCAUAUAUGUUUGUAGCAUGCUUUGCUUGGUUUGGCUACAUUCCUAGUUUACAUCCAUUCCUUUUUGUGUAGCGUUUUGUGUUUACUUUUUUUCUUCGCUUGACAAAUACGCGCAGAAUUCACAAUUGGACGAUCAUGAUUGCCGAUGGGUGAACACGACCAGUAGCAACCUACAAUAAAAUGCCUACCCACUUGUAAAAUAUCUGUUUAACGUGCAGUAAUUUUUAAAAAUAGUUUUAGUUCAUUUCCAUGGUGAUAAAAGAUGGGGACGAUAUUAAGUAGCUGCUUUUUUGUCAUAGUUUUGUUUUUCCUAACCCUCGGGUACAGAAAGUACAGCCGCGGUAUCCAGCAUAGACACAUUUACAAAAAUCGUAGACGUAAAUAAAUAUUUUGUAGAAAUAGUAAUUUUCAUGCAAACCUAAGUAAACGCUGGCAGAAAUUGUAAUUCAUAUAUCUACUGAGAUAAACAUUUACAGAAAUCGUAAUUUUUACGUAAACGAAAAUAAACAUUCACGUCGAUUUACGUUUCGUUAAGGGAUGGGAAUCAGUCGAAUGAAAACGAGGCUGUUCAGAGAGUUUCAGGACGUGGUUCUUCAAAAGAAAUGCAACAUUUAUGCUGCAGGGGGGAGGUGAUGCUGGUCGUUUGAAGAACAUUUGUUUUUGCUGUAUUUUUACGAGUUUAUGACUGUCAAAAGGGAGCUAGAAACAUAUUGUGAAAUAUGUGAAUGUGUUUGGCAAAUGUUUGCUCGACGGUCAUACUACGAAAAGGUCAUCAAAGGAACCGGAUGUGAACUGUGUACAUGCUUAGACCCGUAUCUCCAGCUGUUUUCUGCGAUCUCUUUGAAACCUUGUGAUAUGUUUGUGUCGGUCUCAGCGCCUCCCACGCACUGCGAUAAUUCAUUUGUUGGUGUAUCCAAUCAUUUUGUCUUUCAAUUGCGUACUUAUAAAGAUCCAAAUGGCUUUGUUGUGUGCCAUAGUGUUGUUUUGAAUUAUUAUUUUAGAUUUAUCAGCAAGCAGCUGUUUUGUGCUUCGACUAAGCGUUGGUACGCGCGUAGUUUUUGGUAACUUCAGUUUGGCAUCUACCAGUUUUUUGUUUUUUUGUUUUUGUUUUUUUUGUUUUAUAAAUUCUGUUUCUGUGGUCGUAACGUUUGUUUCCUUUGCAUGCCCGUGCGAGUGCUGGUCGAAGAGUUGAAGAUAACAUUGCAUAACAUUUAUUCCUAGUAAAAUUAUGCAACAGUUUUUUAUGACA